AUGGCCAGCUUUGCCGAGCAUGAAGUUGACGGGUUCGUCGUCAUUUCUACCAACGCAGACCAAUGCAUUUGUCCAGCGGCGGAACCAAAGCUCCUGAAAGCUAUCAGUGAAGCUGCUGCUGAAGUCGGCAAAGAAUUUUGGCCCAUCAACAUCAAGAUUCAUGACAAUCCCGAACUGGGAUACAAGGAAUACAUUGCCCAUGAAGCUCUAACGUCGUUUAUGAGGCGACAGCCAGGGUGGAAAGUAACGCCUUCAGCAUACGGGCUGGAGACAGCAUGGGUCGCGGUAUUUGACAGCGACUCCCUACCUGGGAUUGGGCACGCAUGCGGGCACAACCUAAUUGCCACCGCCUCGGUAAUCGGCGCAGUUGCAGCUGCGCAAGUAAUCAAGGACGAGGGAAUACCAGGCAAGAUUGUUCUCUUUGGAACUCCCGCAGAAGAAGGCGAAGGCGGCAAGAUUCGUCUCCUGGAGGCGGGCGCAUACUCGGACCAUGGGGUCGACAUCAGUCUCAUAUCGCACCCUGGCAUUGUGCCUGACGCUGCGCGCAUGCGCACCACGGCCAUUGAGCGGUUCAAAGUGGAAUACUACGGCCGAGAAGCACAUGCCGCUGCCAAUCCGUGGCUUGGCAUCAACGCCCUAGACGCACUCGUAUCCGCAUACAAUAACGUAUCGAUGCUCCGUCAGCAAAACAUGCCCGGGGACAUUAUUCAAGGGUACAUUGCUCACGGCGGCGUGGCAACCAAUAUUAUUCCCGCCUACGCCUGUGGUCAUUUCGCCGUGAGGGCCAGUUCACAGGCCCGCCUUGAGGAGCUCAGGGCGAAAGUGUAUGCUUGUUUCGAAGCAGGGGCCACGGCAACCGGUGCGAGAAUGGUUCUCACAAGGGGCGGCGCGUACAAAGACCACGUCCCGAACGAGGAGCUGGCGCAGUCAUUCACGCGGUAUUUCAACGCGUUGCGUCCGGAGCACAAGAUUUUGGAAAACGCAGACUUGGACGAAGCUAGGGGCACGACGUUGGCGAGCACGGAUCAGGGCGACGUGAGCUACGCGAUGCCCAGCUUGAGUCCUGCGUUUUUUAUAACACCCGGCCCGGAAGGGCAAGGGCCACACAAUCCCGAGUUUGCCGAGGCGGCGAGAACCAGAGAUGCCUAUGAGAAUGCCGUGAGGGUUGGCAAGGGGUUGGCCGGCGUGGCGGUGGACGUUUUGAGCUCCAAGGAGUUGUUAGAGAGGGCUAAGAAGUCGUGGAGGGACAGGAUGCACGCUGCAACACGAUGUACAAGAGGGGAGACGCGAGUCAUGCGCAAUGGUCACGGCUAUUCAUGA